AAUUAAAACAAAUAAUAUGAUGAUAUGCUUGUUCAUACAUUUUGAUAUUUUCUAACCAACCUGUCCAGAGUUAUGACACACCUCUGAAGCAGGUGGGACUUGAACUAUACAAAGUUGUCUAAUAGAUUUCUCCUGUCUAUUCAAACCCUCCUGCCCCCACACCACUUAUUCCAGUAAUAUGCGUUGCUUCAAGAUAGAUCAGUCCUCCACAUCUUUUACUGUUGGUGAGGCUUCUGGUACACCAGCUGUGUGGAGUCACGGUUACGUAGAAGCUUCUGGAGUGAAAAACAGGCUGUGUGUAGCUGCCUUGUCGGUGAAUAAUUUUUGUGAUAAUAGAGAGGCUCUCUAUGGUGUAUUUGAUGGUGACCGGAAUGUAGAAGUGCCCUACCUCCUGCAGUGCACCAUGAGUGAUGUUUUGGCAGAGGAACUGCAGAAAUCGAAGAGUGAUGAGGAAUACAUGACUAACACUUUCCUUGUCAUGCAGAGGAAACUUGGAACUGCUGGACAGAAGCUUGGAGGCUCCGCUGUGCUUUGUCAUAUAAAGCACGACCCAAUGGAUCCUACUGGUUGCUUCACAUUGACUGCAGCCAAUGUGGGAAAGUGCCAAGCUGUCCUCUGCAGAGAUGGCAAGCCGUUGCCUCUCUCAAAACUAUACACUGUUCGUUCCAAUGAAGAAUUGGAGAGAGUUAAACAAUACAAAGCUAUUGUCACCGAGGACAGUAAAGUUAAUGGGGUGACUGAUUCUACAAGGAUUUUGGGCUACACAUUCCUUCAUCCAUACGUUGUGCCUCGGCCUCAUGUUCAGUCUGUUACGCUCACACCUCAAGAUGAGUUCUUCAUUCUGGGUAGUAAGGGCCUCUGGGACAGCAUCUCCCAUUUGGAAGCUGUGGAAUCUGUGAGAAAUGUCCCUGACGCUCAAGCUGCUGCUAAGAAGCUUUGUACCCUGGCCCAGAGCUAUGGAUGCAAUGACAGCAUCAGUGCUGUGGUUGUCCAGCUGAACGUUAAUGAGGAUUGCUUCUGCUGUUGUGACAUGAAUGGUGUAUCGCCUUCCAGCCCAGGCAUUUUUCCUCCAUCAGUAAAUGUGGUAAUAAAAGACAGGCCGGCAGAUACCUUGGGGAUGCCAUCAUCUAGCAGUGGUGUUGCCUCCGAGAUAAGCAGUGAAAUAUCCACCUCAGAGAUGAGCAGUGAAGUGGGUUCUACGGCCUCUGAUGAACCUCCUCCAGUCACAAUGAAUGAUGGAGGCCCCUUGAUCCAUAGUGAGCAGCGUUGUAUGCUGCACCCAGUAUGCUUGACCAGCUCAUUCCAGCGGCAGCUGUCCAGUGCCACCUUCUCCAGCACGUUUUCAGAUAAUGCAUUGGACAGCGAAGAUGAGGAGCCUAUUGAAGGCGUGUUUUCCAAUGGCAGCAGAGUGGAAGUUGAGGUUGACAUUCAUUGUAGUCAGGUGAAGGAAAAGAUGUCAAUGCAUUUAACUUCUGAUGCAUGUGAUGAAGGAAUAGUAAUCAGCGCAAAUGAAGAUGAAAACUCUGAAAAAAUGCAACUUCUUAAAAUUCACAGUGAAAAUGACUGGCUGGACAAUGACAAUAGUAAGUUUGAAUACUCCACAACAGGGACUAUUGGUCGAAGGCGUGGAAAUGGUUCUGUUGCACCUUCGGAGAAGAGCCACAACUUGAUUGAGGUGGCAGCUGAUGUACCGAUGAAAAAGAGUGGAGGCUAUUUUGCUGCCCCUGCACAGCCUGAUCCAGAUGAUCAAUUCAUCAUUCCUCCAGAAUUGGAGGAAGAAGUAAAGGAGAUUAUGAAGCAACACCAGGAACAACAGCAACGCCAGUAUCAACUUGACCAGCUCCCAGAUUGCUAUGAUACACCUCUAUGACCAGGAAGAAAACAAUUAGUUUUAAUAAAUUUGAGCCUUCUAUGCUCUACUUACUUAUAAAUUGAAACUGUUCAGUUGAGAUAUUUUUCUCACUUUCUCAGCCCUCUCUGCCAGUUACACACACUGAUGUGCAGCCAUUUUUAAAAAAAUCCUCAUUAGUUGGUUCUUUUGUUGUGAUUAAGAUAUAAAAACAGAUUAACAAAUUUUCAUAGCACAUUGUUUAUACAAGAUGAGGACACGUUUAGUAUAUUGCAAGCCGUCAUUAUUUGUAAACUGUUGAGUAUUUGUUUUAAAAACAAGCCUAAGUAUUAUGAAUUAAUAAUUCUAGAUAAUGCUAUAAAUGUAUUUCUAAAAUCAUGGCUUUUUAAAGUGAAAGUCAUAGAAAUUUGUAGACUUUAAAGACUAACUCCUAGGAGUUGCAAACUCAUUAAUGUGACAUAGUCACUGAGAUUUUACUAAUCUUCUCUGAGAGAACAGCUGAUUCACAAAUUAUUUGUAAAUAGUUUAAAUGUUGUAUAGUGAUGCAAAAACUCAAUUUACACCAUCAGAGUCCUGUAUCUGGAAAAGAAUAAAGCAAAGAGGACUUUUGUAAAAAAAAUUUCAUCCCCUCAAUGCAACUAUAAUGAGAUAAUGAGUGACUGACUGGAUUUUGGUGUAAUUACUACCUGCCAUGCUUUGUCUUUCAGGAUCGCUUUUUGUUCUUUCAGUUGGCCUGUUUUCACAGUUGAGUUCCUGUUCUUCCAUGUCUUCUGCCGCUCACCAGCAGUGUCCUCAUGUUGUUGCAAGGAAAACAAAAUGAUAUACAAAGCACUCUUGAAUUGAUAUGUUAAUACACUUUUGUUUAAAAUAAAUCUACAAUUUAGGUAAA